AUGUCGAGACAACCGCUUUUUCGCGAGCUCUGCCAAGUCGUUGUCGUCGUUGUUGUCACCGUUGUUGUCGCCGUCAUGUUUGUCGUCGUUGACACCCGUGUGUAUGUGGACCGCGAGCACACGCAAUUGGAGCGCAUGAAGUCAGCAGAUAGCUUGACUCUCGACGCAAUCUUGCCGAAUCGGCUAAAUUUCGACAUAGUGCCCUUGAUUUGGCCGCGGUAUCGGCAGCAGCGGAGUAAGUCUACUUUGACAUCAGCCUCGCCUGAUCAAGAUCACCACCAGCAUCGCCGAGCAUACUUACAGCUCGGCCUGCGCGAGGCUACUUCCGUCUCAACGCAUCAAAUUGCAGAUUUCCAAAUGCACCAACAACACCACCAGCAUCAGAAAGCCACUUCACGUGACGCUCGGCGUGUGGGAUUCGAGCACACCGAUGCUGACAGCCAGAAGUCAACAGAUAGCCCAGGUGACAUCAAUUGUGCGUCGGAACCGCCGGUAUUGCAACCAAUGCCCUUGUUGUCUUCGCGUGCAGUUACCUUGACUGCAAUGUUUCUGAGCGUUUUUCAUCACAACAACAGCAACAGUCGCAAAUCAUUUCCUCUCGGUUCAUUCGACUCUGCAGAAACCGAAUCUCCAGUUGACUCAAUUCAACCCUCGCCAUUCUAG